ACACAGAGCCAGUGUACAGGAGCGGACACACAGAGAGGACUAUCUACACACGCGCGCGCACACACGCACACGCGCACACACACACACACACACACACACACACAGCUCCAGGUGUCGGACGCGAGCUCGGACUAUAUUGUGAGUGAGACUGAGGAUUUCAGCUGGUUUCAGUGGAUCUCUACUGAAUUUGGUCCCCUUUCAUUUACGCUGAUUUGAUGUGAAAACUGGAUUUACUAAUUGAAGAGUGAAGAGAAGGGAAAGUGUUUCAGUUUGUGACUGAAAUGGGAUUUUCCUCUGGAACAGGACUGAAUUUUGAAGCUUAAAUCCCUGGGAUAUUUAUUUUAUUUUUUUAUUUUUAAAAGUUCUCUGAAAAAAACUUUUUUAAAAACUUUUUUACUUUUAUCCUCGCCCUAAAAAGUUUCCUCCAAGACUCGCCGGGAGAAUUUUUUAUUUUAUUUAAACGAAUUUAUUUGGUCUUGUGGAAAUGGUGGGCCAUCUACACCUGCAGGCUAUGGAGGAGAGUCUGAAGGGAAAGAGCCGUGAAGGGCUGCUCGACAGUCCUGACUCAGGGCUUCCCCCGAGUCCCAGCCCGCCCUUCUGUCCGCUCUCACCGUCAACCACAGAGCCUCGCACCCCCAUCAGCUCCGACCACCAUGGAGGAAUGUACUGGAGGAAGGAGGGACGAGAAGGCAAGCUGCUUCCGUAUCUGCUGCUGAACUCGCAGGGGGCAGAUGGCAAGUCACGCAUGCACCCUGUGGUGUUCGGGGAAAGCAUCGAGGUGAACCCCAGACCCACCACAGAGAUGAGGUUCAGCUCGGAGGUGAAGUACGACUCACAGCGGCACUACCGUGACGAGGUUUACUGUGCCCGCGUUCCCACGGUAACCUCCUACAGCGAGACGGUGGUGGCAGUGCAGAACCACACGUGGCGCAGCUACAAGUCAGAGGUUCACUUCCUGCCACGUCACCGGCCCGUCCACUACCAGAGCACGGCCAUCAUCUACCCCAAGCACGCGCACAACACCUACCGCACCACGCUGCACUACAACGCCAACGCCACCGGGCACCGCAGGUUCGUGUCAACAGUGAGACUGGAGUCGAGCGAGGACGGCAGUCCCUGCAUCAUCUACACCGAGGAGCUGUGAGACGCGCUCAUCACGCCGACACACACUCCUGUACAAACUCACAACCAUCACAAAGAUUACACUCCUCUCCUCAGGUGGAGAAACAGAAUGACUCCAGACUUCCCCUAAAGAGAGGAAAGGACAUGGAGGGGACUUUUAUUUUGUCUCAACUGACGUUUCAGUAAGGUAGCAAUUUAUCUUUACAUUGCAGUCAGGAGUUGGUUUAAACCUGUCGUUCUUUUGUCUGUUUAUUCCUUCUUGCCGUUCCACUCCGCUAUAAAGAAUCCAAUAAAUCAACUCUGUAAAAUAAAUAUAAAAAACUUUUAAACUGUACGACACGGUACGAAACACGAGAGGGAAAAUAUACCGCCAGGAAAAGUACAACUUUUUGCAAGUUGUAUAAAUGCUUGAUUGCACUUUUGCUAAGAAAAAUAUUUUUUGUUUUUUUUUUCUUCUUCUUCUUUCGGCUACGGUGAUUUUGGUGGAGCUGAGGGCAGCGUAGGAGCACUUGAAAGAUCGGACCAAUGUUUUUUUUACAGAUCGGAGAAGGAGACGUGGGAGUUUGGAGCACGCUGGGUAUUUGAAGCGGUCCAAGAACAUGUCCGUGAAGCAGAGAGACCUUUCACUCACCACUGCUGAAAGAUAGAAGCUCGAGAUUACCCGAGUCCAGAAGCUUAGUCCAGACAAGUUUUGUUUACGAAUCACAAACACGCCGUUCUGCUCGUCUGAGAAGAUCUACUCUGUUUUCCUUACAAUAAGAUCGGCGAGUAAUGUCCCAGCUACGGAGGAGUAAAUAAAAUACAGCUUCAGAACACGUGAUUCACCAAAGGGGAAAGGACGUAAUACAUCAAGACCACAUUCGCUUCUUCAUAAUCAUCUUGAAUUCAUAAGCCGUGGUCUGGUGAGCCAAUAGAAACGGAGUGGGCGGGACCAUCAAAGAGAGGCGCUGCUUAUUAUUAAGAAUAAGAAAAAGCGUCCACCAACAUAAAGAUUUUGUUUCUGGGUUACAGAAUUUUCUUGUUAGCGAUGUUGAUUGUGGGCGUGGCCUAGUGCUAGGUUUUAACCAGAGACAAUUUUAACAGACACAAUUUAAGGAAGUAAAUUUGUUAGAGCAGAGAUAAGAGGGACGUCGUGCAUCUUUCCAGGAUUCCACGACGGUAGAAAGUUUGUCGCAGGUUGCAUCCCAGAUAUUUGAGCCAGAUGUUCGGAUUUGUCGCUUUUAUUCACACGAGUAAAAUUAUGCACGUGAUCGUGAUAACACAGAUCACCGAAUCGAAUUCUCGCCAGACUUUGUGCCUUAUACUCAGGAAAAUACAGAGAACCCGACGGCGUUCUUCGGAUUCAGCUGGUAAACGUGUCAGGAGGCUGCUGAGGGACUCGGACUCGCUGCUGCUCUUCUAAAGUCAUAAUCUCUGCAACGUCACGCGUUCAGACACAUGGCGAAGGAUGUUGCACGGCUUUGUGUUUGUCUUACAAACACCCGGAUUAUAAAUAAUAAAUAUUUCUUUGAAAUCUUUAACGUUUAAAGUUAGGAUUUUCUUUUACCUCAUUUAGAAUCUACUCUCCGAUGACUUGUUCUUAAGACGGCGAUUUUUCUCGGCGACUCGUCGUCUAGCGAUCGUGAGUUUUAGCGCACGUGGAGCGUCAUUACCGUAGGCGAAAGUAAAGCGCGGGCGGAGUUUAGACGUGAAACCGAGAUACGAAUCGAUGAGAUAGUUCAGAGUGAGACAUCAGAGAAGAAGUUCACGAGAAGUCACACGUGGCUUUAUUUAACAAAAGGAAAGACAAAAAGGCAAAGUGGUGCGACAGAGAAAGUAAAGUCGGUAUGCAAGGAAUUCAGAAAGUGUUUCGGGACACAGACACGGAGAUGUUUCUGUAAAAGCAGAUGAUGAUGUAAUAGAUGAUGUUUUUGUUUCUUUUUACUUUUGAUUUCCUUCCUGUAAAGUACUUCCUGAUGUAUAUGUUGCAUACGGCACUUAAUGAUUCUCUUUAUAUUUUUGUAUUCCCAAGUUUAAAAUUUCCUCUUGUUUUGUUUUGGGUAAGAGAUUAGAAGAUAAUUUAAGACACGAUGUACAUCUUAAAUCAACAAAUAAAAUCUCAAUUCUGUGAUUACGUUCG